UUUGUUUCAAUUUUAUUUAGCUAUUUGCUAAAUGCCUAUCAACCAAAAAUCGUAUACAACAACAACAACAGCCACUAUUAACAGCGAAAAUAAUAAACGAAAAAAAAUUAAUAUACAAAACAUAGCAGGCACCAUCUCGUCGCCAAGUUUCGUAUUAACAGUGAUUACAAUGUUUACAUUGAUUUUAUUUCUAACAAUGAUUGGUAUGGUUUUUGGUCAACAAACAGGCCAAUUACCAAAUGGUGCAUCAUCAUCAUCAUCAUCAUCGUCAUCGUCAUCGUCGUCAUCAUCAUCAAUAGUUAAUAAUAAUCAUAAAAAUGAUUCAUCAACAUUGAAUAAACCUUCAAUUUCAAAUAGUAAUAAUUAUGCAGCUAGUAUUUCAUUGCUUACAUCAAUCAACAAUAACAAUAAACCAUCGAAUGCUAAACAUUCAGAUAAACUUUAUGGUUUAAGUUCAAAAGGUUUGUUCACGAAUAAUAAUAAUAAUAAUGGUGGUGGUGGUGGUAAUUCGGAUUCUUCAUCUUCAAUACCAAUUUAUGGCUAUCAAUCGAGACAUUCAAUAUUGGAUUCCUAUCCGAAUAGCGGCAGUGGCUAUACAUCAACGAUGAAUAAUGGCCAACAGACAUAUAGUCCGUAUUUGAUGCCAAUAAGUAAUUAUUACACCGGUAGUAGUUCGACGGUUAGUGCAACGAUAACUAGAAGUCCUAGCUCACCCUACCAGUAUACUCAUUACUACACACAAGCUGAAAAUAAUAUGCCUUCAUCAUCGAUACAGGAUCAAAAAGUGCUGAAAACACCAAAUUCAAUCAUCAACAAUAUAAAAAUGGCUAAUUUAACUAAUGAUGCUGAUGAAACGGCAACGGCUGCAGCUGAAGAUCGUUUGGCUAAACAAUUACAAUUGGCAUUACUUUAUAAUCAAUUAUUAGCCCUACAACAGUAUCGUACGGCAUUGUAUGGAUCAACUGCUGGUUCAGGUCUCACCGGAUACAGUGGCUAUCAAUAUGGCUUCCCGAAUACAAUAUCAUCACUAUAUAAUUAUUUAGCCGGACAGGAUAUGAAUUUGGAAUUAUCACCAACGACAUCGGCAUCAAGCAGUAUUGCAUCAUCUUCAACGGGCGGAUCUAACACUGGUUCGGGUGAAACAAAAAAUACCGGCAGUGCAACAAAUGGCAAAGAAGUACAAGAAGAUCUUCCUUCGUUGUCCGAUGAAACUCAAUUACAAGCAUUAUCAUCGCUUUUAUCAUAUCGACAACAAUUGGCCAGUAUGUAUGGUGGUGGAAUGUAUGGAAGUGGCCUCGGCAGUAGUUAUGGUACAGGUCCUGGAUCAUCUUUAUCCAGUCUGUAUGGAGGUGGAUUAGGUAAGGGUGGAUUCGGUUAUCCAUCCACUCUUUAUGGUUCCAGUUAUGGUAGUAUUGGUGGUAAUAGUAUGGGCGGAAGUUCAUUUUCAAGCUUAUAUGGAUCAGCUAUGCCAACAGGUGUGGGUGGAAUAAUGUCCAGUUUAGCAGGCGGCUUAUCAUCAUUGACUGGCGGUAGUGGUUUUGGUACUGGUAGUGGUGGUAGUGGUGGUGGCGGUGGAGGUCUGGGUGUACUUAACUCAUUGGGAACAAUGUUAUUCGGUUGAUAAUUAAUCGAUAUUUUUAUAUGAAUCAACGAAUUUGAUCUUCACCACUAUGUAUGGAUGGCUCAAUCAUACAUACAAACAAACAAACAAACACACCCUCAGAUACACAUCAUUAUUAUUAUCAUUGAACUACCGGUAUUUUUUUUGUUGUUCGAUUUUGAUCAAUUAUUACACAGUAAUUCAUUUGUAUACACAGAUUGCCAGACGAUUCAAUAAAAAUUAAAAAAAAAAAAAUUUGACAUUUCAAUCAAACAAUUUAUGGUUAAGCCCAAUAAACCAUCGAAAAACAAUCAA